UGAAGUCCGAAUGAAUGAAUAAAGCUUUGACACCUAUCUAUUUAUCUAUAGGUCUCUUUUACUUAGCUUUAAAAAUUGUAAACAACAGGUGGUUCAAAAUUCAACACUUUAAUGUAAUUUGUAAUCGCAGUAAAAAUUUAAAAACAUAAAUAAAAUGAGUAACAAACAAGUAGACAUUGGUUUUCUAGAAGAAAAGUGCAGCUGGUUAUUGCAUCCUAGAUUUUUUCCUAGUAAAGUAGGAGGAAAGCCAGCCUGGUUAGACCUCAAAAAUUUACCUGAACCUGGUGGAUUAACCUGCAAAACGUGUAAAGAACCUCUAAUUUUCUUAUGUCAGGUGUAUGCUCCCUUUGAGGAAAGUAAUGAUUGCUUCCAUCGAACAAUAUUCAUAUUCAUUUGUCGAAAAGGUUCCUGCUGUAAAAUAAACUCUGCUGAAAAUUUCAUUAUACUAAGGUGUCAGCUACCAAGAAAAAAUGAAUAUUAUUCUUUUGAGCCAUAUGAAGAAAAUGAAAAUGAGGUAUUUCCUAUGGAAAAAUGGGCAAAGAUGUGUAAUGUUUGUGGUUUAAAAGCACCAUCUCACUGUUCAAAAUGUAAAAAAGUUAACUACUGCAGUCGAGAACACCAGAUUCUUGAUUGGAAAAAAGAACACAAAACCAUUUGCCCUGACUUGCAAGAGAAAUCUGAGCCUCGUUUGAAUUGUUUUACUGUAACAGAGUCAGGAAAAUCGAUAUUAUUUGAAGAAUGGGAAGUUGAUGUUGAUAAAGAGGAUGAGGAGGAAAUCACUGUAGUAGAUACAAAUCAAGAACUGGAGAAACUUAAAAAAAUGAUUGAAGAUGAAAAAGUUGGUACUAUGAGCAACAUACCUGACAGUGAAAUAGAACAAUAUGCAAGGUCAUCAUCAGCAGAUAAGGUGUACAAUAGGUUCAGUAAAAGAAUAGCUAGACAUCCUGAUCAAGUACUCAGAUAUGACAGGGGAGGAACACCUCUAUGGAUCACAGAAAAUACAGUUAAUAAUAUAUCGAUACCUAAAUGCCAGUACUGUAAUGGAGAUAGGCAAUUUGAAUUUCAAAUAAUGCCACAACUGUUGAACUUUAUUAAUGUUGGUAUUGAAUUGAACAGCAUAGACUGGGGUGUUCUAGCUAUAUACACCUGUAAAGCGAGUUGUAAUGAUGGUCCAGCAUAUAAAGAAGAGUUUAUAAUCAAACAAGAUUUGACUAAUGAAACAAUGUAAUAAGUAUAACAGAAAUAAAUAAUGUUUAAAAUUA